AUGGCAAGACCUCCACAAUCUCUCACAACCCUCUUCCUCCGCCACCAAAACCCUCACUCCAUCCAAAACCCUAACCCCCAAAUCCGAAACCUCGGCCUCAGCAAUGGUGGCGAAGAAUUUUUUCAGACCCAUCAACAACCGAAGACACAGAGCUUAACCCAGAUCGCCAAAGAGGUUUCGAGGGUCAUUUGGACUCGACCCAGAUGGGAACAAACUCUACUCUCAGAUUUUCCCUCAAUCAAUCACUUCGAUCCCAACUUUUUUAUUGAGCUUUGGAAGCAGCAAAACAAUGUGCUUCUUUGUCUCCGUUUCUAUCUUUGGCUAAGCUCUCAACGCAGCUUUGUACCGGAUAAAUUGGCGUGUGAUGUGAUUUUUGAUGGUCUUGUGGAAGCUAAAGCUGCCAAUGCUGCAAAAUCGUUUUUGACUUCUGUAGAUUUUACUCCUCAACCUUCUUCUUUAGAGGCUUAUGUUAGAUGUCUGUGUGAAAAUGGGUCAAUUGAGGAAGCACUGAAGGUGUUUGAUGAAUUGUAA